AUGAAUGACAUAAAUCCAAACUUCUUCUACGUGGUGAAUUUGGACAAUGAGUGUAAAUUUUGGAGUGCAGUAUGGGUGGAUGCAAGGUGUAGGGCGUCCUACGAAUAUUAUGGAGAAGUUGUGUCACUUGAUAGAACAUACAGCACAAACAAGUAUGGGGUAGUUGCUAUGGGGCAUGGAUUACCGUUUGCAUCGUUCGUCGGUGUCAACCACCAUGGUAAGUCGACCAUCCUUGGUUGUGCUCUUCUUAGAAAUGAGGAGAUCCCAAGUUAUGAGUGGGUUUUCCGCCAAUGGGUCAAGUGCAUGGGAACUGCUCCACAGCGGAUCAUUACCGAUCAAUGCAAAUCCAUUUUUCGUGCAAUAAAAAAUGUGUUACCCGAUACACGCCACCGGUGGUGCAUCUGGCACAUUACGAAGAAGUUACCACACAAGCUUGGAGGUUAUCGCCGGUACAGAGAGUUGUAUGAUGAGUUCAAUGAUAUUGUGUGGAACUCUCGGACCGAGAAGUCAUUUGAGAAUAACUGUCGGACUAGCUUGGUCCAAUUUGUUCACGAACAUGACAAUGUGAUUGGAAUUAAGGAGCAAAGGGAACUGGAGGAUGAUGCAGCAGACUUGAGGGGGGUUAUCCCUUGUGCAACUACCUCACUCUCUGUUGUUGCUGAAGAGGGGCCAGUGGUAUGCAUGAAGGUUGAAGAGGAAAAACUAGUGAAUGAUACUAUUCUUUGUGUUUCGUAUGACGUCCACUUCGAUCGAUCCACACAGGAGGUUCGUUGUGAGUGCAAUCUAUUUGAGAGUUCAAGAGUGUUAUGCUGUCAUUGUCUUGAAGUCUUCCAUUCUUACAAGGUGUAUAAAGUACCUAAUCGAUAUGUUCUCCCUCGUUGGAGCAAGAACAUAAAGCGCAAGCAUACUUAUGUCAAGAGUAGUCAUGACGUCAGUCGGUCGGAUGAGAGUCAUGUUGCAUUCAGGGGACUAUGUGCACACUUCUACAACAUUACUCAGGAUUUUGUAAACGACGAUGAAGAAACAACCUUGCUUCAUGCUGCGCUGGAAGAAACAAGAGCUAAGCUGACUACUCAUCGUGUCAAGAAGAGGUCCGAGACUGUGGCGGACUCCCACAACAAUAAUGGCUCAACAAGUUUGAACGUUGCCGCUGUGAUGGACAUCCAAGCCCCAUCGAAGGUCAACACAAAGGGCUGGCCAAAUAGUAAGAGGCUCGGCGCUGCCCUGGAGAAGUCAUUUAAAAAAUCUGCUCGGAGGAAAAACAAGCAUGACCCCCCGGAAAAACAAAACCUACUUACAUUGGAUGGUUAUGAUUCUUCUAGAGAUGGUGUUCUUUGUGUUUCCGGCAAACGGUGUGUUGACGGGCAGGUGGGUGUUCUUUCCCAUGUUGGCUGCUCCAUUGACAGGAGAGAAAAGCGCCCACGCGAGGAGAACUCUGAUGCUGCUCGCUUCUUUGGAGGCCUGAAGCCUGGAGGCCUAAAGCUUGGUGUUAGCGCAAAUUUCAGAAGUCUUGAUGCAGUUGUUGAACUUGCAACAAUCAUCGUCUCGGCAGAUAUUGUGCUCCUUGUGGUUCUUGGAGUUGUUGUACCAACUACUGGCCCAGUACAUUGGUUCUGUGAGUUGUGA